CGCUGCACAGCACGAGCCUGUUCGCCGUCACCAUAUAAAGCAGCGGACACGGUGCCUAGCAGACAUUCGCUCCGUGAGGCCCCUGCGAGCAGCAGCCGUCUCCACGCCAAGGUCAGACAAAAUGCCAGGAAUGUUCUUCUCUGCUACUCCCAAGGAACUGAAAGGAACUGACCAUUCGCUUCUUGAUGAUAAAAUGCAAAAAAGGAGGCCAAAGACCUUCGGAAUGGAUGUGAAAGCGUACCUGAGGUCUAUGAUCCCGCACCUGGAGUCUGGAAUGAAGACUUCCAAGUCCAAGGACAUACUCUCCGCUGACGAAGUGAUGCAGUGGUCUCAAUCUCUGGAAAAACUCCUCGCCACCCGAACUGGUCAAGAUGUUUUUGGAAGUUUCCUAAAGUCUGAGUUCAGUGAGGAGAAUAUUGAGUUCUGGCUGGCUUGUGAAGACUAUAAAAAAACAGAGUCUGAUCUUCUGCACUGCAAAGCAGAGAAAAUAUACAAAGCAUUUGUGCAUUCGGACGCUGCUAAGCAAAUCAACAUUGACUUUCGCACUCGAGAAUCUACAGCCAAGAAGAUUAAAGCUCCAACCCUCACAUGUUUUGAUGAAGCCCAAAAAAUUGUAUAUACGCUUAUGGAAAAGGACUCCUAUCCCAGGUUCCUCAAGUCAAAUAUAUAUUUAAAUCUUCUGAAUGACCUUCAGGCGAACAGUCUAAAGUGACCAUUUCCUGGUGGGAGGGGAUUACAGAUGGCAUCAAGUUCAGAAGGCGAGUUCCCGGAUGGCUCCCUGGGUGAGCAACUUGGCCUUUCUGGGUAACUAGACUGGCCCAGGGAGAGAACAAAGGACUCACAGUGGAUUAACAUGGAAGGUAUCCAGGCACGGGGUUGAGGAAACUCGAAGUGAAAGUUAGGAGAUGGUGGAAGGAAGGAGAGCCUCUGGCUCUGCUCUAAAGCACGGUGCACCUAGGAACUAGAAAACCCGUCAGAACCGAUGAGGCCUGGGCACUCAGACGCUGUGAACAGAGGUUUGGAACGGAUUAGGACAUCCUAUAAGCUUCGGGGCCCACUGACAUUUAUGCUGCAUAUUAUUAUAUAGAGAUUGUCUUGAGCUGCUGAAAUUUCUUCAACUUGGAUGACUAUUUGACAAGUCUUUUU